UCUGUGCAAUAGUAUUAGACACUAAUUCGAUAUAGACAAACCGCAAAUCCGCUAAAAAAAUAAAAUUCGCACAACCACGUGUAAAAUUGUGAAACGUGCAACAUAUGUGUUUGAUCGAGACGCGAGUGAGCAGUGACCAAACAGUGACUUGGUUUUUUUUAUAAACAUUUCGAAAAUAUUGGAGCACAGAAGCAAACAAUGUAUAAAGAAACUUGUGAAAUAACGAAAUAUUUAAAGAAACCUUUAGAAGACAUCACAGGAAAAAACGAUCCUCCAAGGAAUGUGGAAAUGAAUUUCUAUGGAAAAAAUGUCCAAAGGAAAGAAGAGUUAAAUUCAAUGAACUUCAAGAAUAUUAACCAUGAAGCUAGAUCAAGUCAAUCUUCUAAACUCAGAAAUAACACAAAAUUUUCUAAUUCUCACUUUCAUCCUAGACUAAAAAAUAUCUCUGAUAUUAAUUUCUCUAAAGAUAUACUCCAACUCCUCAACUAUGGUCUCAAAUACUCCAUUCCUAAAGAUUUAUCUCUUAAAGAUCUCGAGAGUCUCUCCAUUGAGACUGAUAUAGUUAUUCAAAAUCUUUCACGUCUCUUUUCAAAUAACAAUUCUCUAAGAAAUUCCUAUUUCAAGUCAUAAAAACUCAUAAUUCGUCUUUCUCUUAGAAUGUUUCCUUAAUAAAAAAUAUCAAAAACAUAAACUUUUAGUAAAGCUGAUAAAGGUAAUUGUCUAGUAGUUCUGGAUCAACAUCACUCCACUUUGUUGUCAGCAUACAUAAAUAAUAAAUUAAAAAUAGUCUCUCCCAAUUAAAGAAAAUUAGAAUCCAGGGCUCUGUCUGUAAAACUCUUUCCACCUUUUUUGUAAACUGUUUGUUAGGUCUUGUUUUUUGUCCUUCUGUUAAUUAUCUCCAAAUCAUAAAAACUCCAAAUUCAUUUUUCCCUUCCUUAAUGUUCCCUUAAUCAAUAAUAUUAUCAAAAAAACUAACUUAAUUUUUAGCAAAGCUGAUAAAGGUAAUUGUCUUGUAGUUCUGGAUCAAUACCACUCUUUGUUGUCAGAAGACAAGAUCGAUAAUAAAUUAAAAGUAUUAAUAUAUGUUAGGGAAAUAAAGGGCCUCUACUCACAAUCAUCUAAAUAGGUUUUAUUAUAUUGUAAGAUGGGGCGACCGGUUUCGCUGUUUAUAUGUUUUAUAGCAUCGUCAGGUCCACAAGAAACUUAGGCUAAAAAAUAUAUACAUAUUGAGUGUAAUUAACAGUGAUGCUAAAGAGUGUAUAUAACGAUACAAACGGUUAUUAAGGUAAGUUAAAGUAGAUUUCAAAGUUAAUUUAUAAAUUCAAAAAUAUAUAUAAGUUAACUUUGAAAUCUAAUAUAACUUACAGUACAUCAACUGUUAACUACUAAAGUCCUCUAUAGUACUCUAUACUAUAUUAAUAACUGUUUGUAUCGUUAUAUACAGUGAUGAGCGAACUAAUAACCCGCAAAAUAACGCAAAAGAUGGAAAACAUAUUAAGUUGUGAGAUAAAAAGCGAUGAACCUAGUGGAGGUGUUAAAUUUAGCGAUAUUAACUUGUAGAUUGACAUUAUAUUGAUUGUUUCCCACCUUUAGACGUAUCGAACGAAUUUGAGACAUGCCACUGUCAUAGUGACAGUUUUAGUUGACAUACUCCUCUGAUACGUCUAAAGGUGGGGAACAAUCAAUUUAAUGUCAAUUUGGAUGUUACUAUCGCUAAAUUUAACAACUCUACCAGUUUCAUUUCAUUUUAUCUCACAAUUUAAUAUGUUUUUCAUCUUUUGCGCUAUUUUGCCGGUUAUUAGCAUGCUCAUCACUGUAUAUACCCUUAAGCAUCACUAUUAUUUACACACACUAUUUAUAUGUUGUUCAGCCUAAGCUUCUUGUGGGCCUGACGAUUCUGAUAACAUGUAAACAGCGAAACCGGUCGCCUCAUCUUACUUUAAUGUAAUAAAACUUAUAAAGGAUUACGAAUAGAGGACCUUUAUUUCCCUGACUUACAUGAUUGUGUGCUCAUACCAGCAACAGUUUCAUCAUUUUAAAAGUACCUAUUAAUUUAAAAAUUAAGAGACAUCAAGAAAUUUUCUGAUUUUUCUCUGACCACGAAGUCACAUAUCUCAAAAAAAUUCCUCUCAUCAUUAACCUGUACGCGUCUUUCGCCAGGACCUCAAUUUUUGACCCUUCGCUUAGUUAUCGAUCAUUCGCUAUCUGUACACUAAACAGAUACGAAGCGAAUACGUUCGAUAACGAAGCGAAGGGUCAAAAAUCGAGGUCCUGGACGUAUGUCUCCCUCAACUGUUUCCAUCUGUCUCAAUAUUCGUCAUCACAAAAUAAUUUAGGAUCAUCACAUAUAAUAUUAUGGUCAAUAUUAUUUUCUAUUAUGAAUAUUUAAACUACAUAAAGUUCUAUGCUAGGAAUGUUGAUGACACUCUAGUUAACUGGUUGCAGAUAAUUAUUAAGUAUAUCAGUUCUUGGAUUAUAUUAGCAAGUUCCAUCAGUUUAUAAAGACAAAAUGAUAAUUGUAUUUUCAUUUGGAAACACAAAAUGAUAAUUGUAGUUUGAAUUUUCUUGACUUAACACUUAUUUUAAAGAAUAUUUUCUUAAAUUUGAUAUUUAUAGAAAA